CGUGGAUAUUCAUAAAGAGAAAGUGGCUCGAAGAGAGAUUGGUAUUUUGACAACAAAUAAGAAUACAUCAAGAACUCACAAAAUAAUAGCACCUGCAAACAUGGAACGCCCUGUAAGGUAUAUUCGGAAGCCUAUCGACUACACAGUUCUGGAUGAUGUGGGCCAUGGUGUCAAGCAUGGAAAUAACCAGCCUGCAAGAACUGGCACACUGUCGAGAACAAAUCCUCCUACUCAGAAACCACCAAGUCCUCCCAUGUCAGGCCGGGGAACGUUGGGACGGAAUACACCUUAUAAAACCCUGGAACCUGUUAAACCCCCAACAGUUCCUAAUGACUACAUGACGAGUCCUGCUCGGCUUGGAAGUCAGCAUAGUCCAGGCAGAACAGCUUCUUUAAAUCAGAGACCAAGGACACACAGUGGAAGUAGUGGAGGAAGUGGAAGUCGAGAAAACAGUGGAAGCAGUAGUAUUGGCAUUCCCAUUGCUGUGCCUACACCUUCACCACCCACUAUUGGACCAGCAGCCCCGGGCUCAGCUCCUGGUUCCCAGUAUGGCACAAUGACCAGGCAGAUUUCUCGGCACAACUCUACUACUUCUUCAACAUCUUCUGGUGGAUACAGACGAACUCCCUCUGUGACUGCUCAGUUUUCCACUCAGCCUCAUGUUAAUGGAGGUCCACUUUAUUCUCAAAAUUCAAUUUCUAUUGCUCCACCCCCUCCCCCUAUGCCUCAGUUGACUCCACAGAUACCUCUCACAGGCUUCGUGGCCAGGGUGCAGGAAAACAUUGCUGAUAGUCCAACUCCACCACCACCACCUCCACCAGAUGAUAUUCCCAUGUUUGAUGACUCUCCACCUCCACCUCCACCUCCUCCAGUGGAUUAUGAAGACGAAGAGGCUGCAGUAGUUCAGUAUAAUGAUCCAUAUGCAGAUGGGGAUCCUGCCUGGGCCCCCAAGAAUUAUAUUGAGAAAGUUGUUGCAAUAUAUGAUUAUACAAAAGACAAGGAUGAUGAGCUGUCAUUUAUGGAGGGUGCAAUCAUUUAUGUUAUAAAGAAGAAUGAUGAUGGCUGGUAUGAAGGAGUCUGCAAUCGAGUGACUGGUCUGUUCCCUGGGAACUAUGUUGAAUCAAUCAUGCACUAUACUGAUUAAAUUUUUUUUGCUUUUAAAGUAGGUUCUUAUUAUUACUCAGUCAUACUGUGGGACUAUUAUGGUUAACAGAAUUGUCUUAAUAUGUUUUAAAAUGUGCCCAUAUUUUCAAGACAUGCUGUUUUAUUGGUACAUUGAAUGUCUACCUGUAAGCAUAAAUCUUUGAGGCAGUUUAUGUAUUGCUGUUCAGCAGUUUAUACAAGAGGCUGUCUAUAACUGAUUAUGCUUACGUACUUACUUACACAUUGUUAAUGUUAUGACCAGCCUAAAUAUUCUGGGGAAGUGGGGUAUAAUAUUUAACGAAUCAUGAUUCAGAUUGUACCAUUACAUGUUUCAGUGCAGCAUGGUUACUAACGCUAUGUCAGACUAAUAUUAAAAUCAAAAAACUUAAAUGCUGGUGCUGGUCAUACUUCGUGUUUAGAUUCUCUCAUUUUAAAAAAAUAGUUUGUUUAAAGCAUGCAUAAAAUUUUAUGUAUUGAAAUAUACUUAAAAUUCCAAGAUACUUCCAAUUUGUAUAUUUACCUGGAGUACUCAUACUUAGGUCUCUUGAAUUGAGUCUCUAAGGUCUCCAUGUGAAAGAAAACAAACAAAAAGAGGGUUAUCUGUAAUGUUGUAAUUUGUACCUAAGUUUUUUAAUGAGUGAAAUUUGCAUUAUAAAAUUUUUUCCAUUCAUAAAUACAUAAGUGAACCAAAGGUUUUUGUCCUUCAUUGGUUUGCUUUAAAAAAAAAGAAAUAAAAGAUACUGAUUUAUUGCAGAAUUAUGGUUCUAUUUUCUCAAUAUGUUAGCUUGGAAAAAAUUUUAGCCUUAUCUCACUCUGUCCCAACAGCAAUCAAUGUGACAGAUUUUUGCAGAUUUAAAAUCUGAGAUAGUUAUUUACAAGUCAGUCUACUGAACUUUUUAAAGUGACUUUUGAAGCUAAGAAAAUGUGUCAAAAAGUGUGCACAUUCAUUCUGUAGGUAAAAUUCUUAAGGAUUGAUAAUCAGUCCUUCAGAUUUACAGUGGACUGCUGCACACUGGUUCGAUAAAAGGAAAUUAUAAGUAUCUUUUACAUAUCAUAAAAGUGGAUGCAGUUAAUUUGUGAAUAGGCACUAUUUAAUCCAUUACUGGCACUAGCAGCCUAAGAUUUUAAAAUAAAAUAAUUGGGAAAGAAGGUGGGUUAUGUAUUAAUCAGUGAACAGAGAUUUACCUAACCAACAGAUUUGUACUGUCUUUUGACAUAAUUGAAAUGCAAUACAUGCACUUUGUGUGUCUCCUCUUAAUUUAAGGGAGGGUUAGAGGGAUGUUUUCUCUUCUUGUGUAAAUUCUAUAUUGCUUAGGAUGUUAAAAUAGAGCACUCAAGUGUGAGUUUCUGUGUAUUGAGGAUUUGUUUGGAUUUCAAAUUACAGUUAUGUACUGGGCGUUACAGACAUAACAGCAUAGUGAAUGGUAAGACUAGUGCAAAACAUUUAUUUCUGAAAAUUAAAGACCAUUAUUGCUACCAAA